ACCUACUCCACCACCUGCACGCAUCUCCAGCUUCAUUUCUUCUCAAGCUCCAGCUCUUCUUCUUCUUCUUCUUCUUCUUCUUCGUUGAGGAAUCCAAAUGGCGAGUUUCGGCGAUUUAGAAUACGGCUCACUGAGCGCAAGUUUGUUACUGCGAUGGUGGAACAAGAUCGAUGAAUCUCAACAAUGGCAGGAGGGAGUUUUUUACGGUCUCUGUGCUGCCUACGCACUCGUUGCCUUAAUCGCUCUGGUGCAACUUGUUCGGAUUCAACUAAGAGUACCUGAGUAUGGUUGGACAACACAAAAGGUUUUCCACUUGAUGAAUUUUGUGGUCAAUGGAUUAAGGGCUGUUGAGUUUGGAUUCUACUGGAGUGUUUUUCACGACAAGCCAAAGGUGUUAGACAUGAUACUUUUGGAUCUUCCUGGUCUUCUAUUUUUCUCAACGUACACGCUGCUUGUAUUGUUCUGGGCUGAGAUAUACCAUCAGGCAAGAAGCCUUCCUGCUGAUAGACUCAGACCUGCAUAUUUCAUCGUCAAUGGAGCUGUAUACAUCAUUCAGGUUUGCAUCUGGAUAUAUAUGAGCUUCAGUGACGUUCCUGUUGCUCUUGAGAUUGCUGAAAUCUUCUUUUCGGUUAUCUCGCUUUGUGCUGCUCUUGGAUUCAUUAUAUACGGUGGGAGCUUGUUUGUCAUGCUUCAGCGCUUUCCGAUUGAAUCCAGAGGUCGCCAGAAAAAGCUUCACGAGGUGGGAUUUGUGACAGGAAUUUGUUGCACAUGUUUCUUAAUAAGAUGUGUGAUGGUUGCUAUCUCCGCAUUUAACAAGGACGCCGAUGUCCAUGUUCGGAAUCACCCCAUCCUUGAUCUUGCUUACUACAUGAUUGUAGAGGUUGUGCCGUCUGCUCUUGUGCUUUUCAUCCUCAGAAAACUGCCUCCUAAACGUGUGUCAGAUCAUUACCACCCAAUCAAAUAAUCGCAACGAUUGUAGCGCCUUUUGUCGGAUUGGUGAGCAUAACACCUUUUUCUAUGUCUAUGCUUUUCAUUGGUUAUGGUGCAUCUGUCUUUGUGUUCCUUUAAUCACGAUAAUAAGAUUCUAUUCAUGAUCAGUAGAGACGAAAUGUUUACUUGUUUAGGUAUUUGUUGACUCAUUAGAAGCAGAUUUUGUUUCCUGUUCUAAAAAGAGUUUUUUGAGAUGAAA